AUGACGACACAACAGGUCAUCUCGCGUGAGACGGGGGUGGAGGAGCAGGCGUAUAAGUGGGGCUUCGAUUUCGACAUCGAGUCGGACAUAGCGCCGCGCGGAUUGAGCGAGGAUAUUGUCAGGCUUAUCUCGAUGAAGAAGGGCGAGCCGGACUGGAUGCUGGAGUGGCGGCUGAAGGCGUAUCGCCACUGGCUUACGCUGAACAACGAAGAGCCGAAGUGGGCGAAUAUCAAGUAUCCGCCCAUAGACUUUCAGGACAUCAUUUACUACGCGGCUCCGAAGUCGCAAGCGGAUGGGCCGCAGAGCCUGGACGACAUUGACCCGGAGAUACGGGAGGCCUUCGACAACGCGUCGGUUGCGACCACAUACCGCAAGAUGCUGGAGGAAGCGGGCGUCAUAUUCUGCUCGGUGAGCGAGGCUGUGAAGACGCACCCGGAGAUUGUGAAGAAGUAUCUCGGCUCUGUGGUGCCCUUAUACCGACAAUUUCUAUGCGCGCGCUCAAUGCGGCGUGUGUUCAGCGACGGGUCGUUCGUGUAUGUGCCGCCUGGAGUGCGCUGCCCGAUCGAGCUGAUGACCUACUUCCGCAUCAACGAAUUGGACACGGGACAGUUCGAACGGACGCUUAUCAUCGCGGACAAGGGCGCUUAUGUGAGCUAUCUCGAAGGGUGCACGGCUCCGAUGCGGAAGACGCACCAGCUUCAUGCCGCCGUGGUCGAACUGAUUACGCUGGAUGACGCGGAGAUAAAGUAUUCGACGCUUCAGAACUGGUAUCCGGGAGACAAAGAGGGCAACGGCGGCGUCUAUAACUUCGUGACGAAGCGGGGCGCGGCGCGCGGCAAGAACUCCAAGAUUUCGUGGACGCAGGUGGAGACCGGCUCUGCAAUCACCUGGAAGUAUCCGAGCGUGAUACUGCAGGGCGACAACUCGGUGGGCGAGUUCUACUCGGUGGCGCUGGUGAACAACUAUCAGCAGGCCGACACCGGCACGAAGAUGAUCCACAUUGGCAAGAACACGAAGAGCACGAUAAUCGCCAAGGGCAUAUCGGCUGGCAAGGCGCAGAAUACGUACAGGGGGCAGGUGAAGAUAAUGCCCUCGGCGCGGAAUGCGCGGAACUUCACGCAGUGCGACUCGCUGCUUAUCGGCGACGACUGCGGCGCGCAUACGGUGCCGUAUAUCGAGGUGCGAAAUCCGACGGCGCAGAUGGCGCACGAGGCGACGACAUCGAAGGUUGACGACAGCCAGCUGUUCUACUUGCAGCAGCGGGGCAUUGGCCUUGAAGAGGCUAACUAUAUGAUAAUCAACGGCUUCUGCCGGGGUAUUUUCAAGGAGCUGCCCUUUGAGUUUGCGGCGGAGGCGUCGCAACUGCUUAGGGUUAAUCUGGAGGGCACGGUAGGCUAA